AGUAAAUGAUUCUAUUGCAAAGCGCGCAAAGCUCCGAUUCACUGAAUCAAACUUCCCUCCGCUUCAAAGCACCUGUAAACAAUCAGAAAGGCUGAUGUAUACGUUUAUGUUACGUUAAGCUUGAGAUGUUUUUUUUAAUUGUUGGAUAGAAGGCUAACUCUAAAAUGGUUCGUUCAUUCGGCCAAGAUCGAAAAAACAUUUCGAAAAUCAAACCCAACCCGCUGGAGAGAAGCGCUUCCGGACUCCGGCCGCUCGGGAUGAGACCUGACCGGCCAGCCUCAGAGGAAAAAACUAAGAGCGUCAAAGCUGAGCCUUGCACGCGGUGUUUUGAACGACCGUUCAAACGCUUCAGCUUCGCUCUGAAGUCCACCUGGAGGACUGACACGAGGAAACAGCACGCCAACAGUCCUUCUGUAGAUGUGCUGUCAAGUAAGGAGGAAAAGAAAACCAGAAAUGAGCUGGACACCCAGUGUGAAGAUAAUUUUUUGUUUGCUGAUACAGAUCUAUUCGUGGGUCAGAAGAAAACAACUUUUAAGAACAGCGACGAGACGUCUCCGAAAAAACAGCUCCUGCGAAAAUGUCAAAUGAGAGAUGAGUUUGGUAAUGUCAUUCAUCGUGCCGGAGUGAAAAAUCCAAUCGCCAAAAAGGCCGCUCUGCCGAAAAUCCCAAAGAGACGUGUUGCACAGAGGCUAAACAGUCUUACGCUCAGUAUCAGAAGUUUUGAGGUUGGAGAGCUGACCAAGGAUUUCAGAAGAUCUGAUGCUCUGACCGCCCAGUGCACCUUUACCGUGGAUUACAUUGAGAUCGCAAAUAAAGGACGAAUAGAAGCGUCGGAUUUGACGGGUUGUGAAUGGUGCACUGAGCAGAAGCUGCCAGCCCUGUUUUUACAGACGACACCAGAGACGUGUCUCCAUCUGCAAGUCCAGCUUGACAUGUCUGAAGACGAGUCCAAGAUGUGGUGUGACUGCCAGAGCGGGAAUGAAGGCGAGACACGCGUUGUCCUUAUCUUUGAGAAUGAGCUCACUCUCCCAGAGCAAAUCAUACUCGAGAAAAUAUUCACAGAGGUGGGCAAGCGUAAUAAUAUCAGCUGUUUUCCGGCCAAACUGUCAUUUGAAGAAACCAAUGACAGACUGAAGAAACAUCAGUGUGGCCAAAAGCAGCAGUUUACUGUGCUUCAGCUCGAAGAGGAUGAACUUCCUGUCAUGAGUCAGCAUGACUUGGCACCAUUUUCGGCCUCUCCUGAUCCCCAUCGAUGGGAAAGUGCAGCCCUCAGUGUCUCAGACAGUGAUGAGGACGAUUUGAUGGAGCUCCCUUCAUCACCCAAAGACGAUAUCAAAAAACUGGUUGUAUACCCACCUCCUCCAGCGAAAGGGGGUAUAACCGUCACAGAGGAUGACCUCAACUGUCUCGAGGAAGGAGAAUUCCUAAACGAUGUGAUAAUAGACUUCUAUCUCAGGUAUUUGGUCUGUGUGCAGCAGGAAGUAGAGGAUGCCUCCAAGUACCAUGUGUUCAGCUCUUUCUUCUUCAAGCAUCUCACUCAGAGUGAUCACAGAAGGCUUCCGGGAACCACCGAUGUAUCCAUUCAAGAGCGCCGGCAUAGUCGGGUGAAAACGUGGACCAGGGGCGUCAACCUUUUUGAGAAGAACUUUAUAUUUGUCCCAAUCAAUCAAAUGGCUCACUGGUACCUGGCUGUCAUCUGUUUUCCUGGCAAGAUUUCACAGACCAGUGAUUUGGAUCUUCACCUCAAUGGGCGAAGGUAUUCAGUGGAGUAUCUUUGCGAUCAAUCUCCACCCAAUCCCAUGUCCCUCUUCUACUCUCCAGAAUCCUCGAAGCAGCUCUCCAGAUGGAGCCCAUCCAUAGACGAACAAGACCAGAGUUUCUGCUUUCUUUCAGAUGACGAGGCUGAAGAUGGCGACCAGACGAUCAAGAACAGAUCUGUCCUUAACGGUGACGGUAAUGUCUCCGAACAGCCGUGCAUACUCAUCAUGGACUCCCUCACCUGCAGUGGAAGAUCAUCAGUGGUGCAGAUACUCCAAGAGUACCUGCAAGAGGAAUGGAAGGUCAAAAUGGGCUCUGAACAGAGUUUUGGAAAUGGAGUGAUGGAUGGAUUGAGUCCCAUCGUCCCAAAACAGGACAAUUACACGGACUGUGGCAUCUUCCUUCUGCAGUAUGUGGAGAGCUUCCUCAAGGACCCACCGCAAACUUUCCACCGCAACAUGGACCUGAACGGCUGGUUUUCACAGAGCACAGUGAAGAAAAAAAGGAGGCAAAUCAAACGGCUCAUUCUCAGGCUUCACAGACAGCAACAAGUUUAAUUUUUUUCAGGUCACACGCUUCCUACAGGUCAUUUAUUGUUGCCAUAAAAACUAUAAUAACCCUUCCUUUAGGAUUUUUUUUCUUGAAAUGAAAUAGGCAAAAAAGUGGCUUCUUUAAAUUAAUUAAAAUGAAUGCGUUGUUUACUUUAGAAAUGGAUGAUUUGUUCUUGAAAUUCAAUAAAGUAAGAGUUUUGUAUACAUGCUGGCCAAAUGCAGAAUCCAAGUAUGAGUGUUUUUUUGUAUUUAAAAGACGUAUUUAAACCCGUAGUGUGUCAUUUUC